CUAUAUCACUACUUCUGUCCCGCAGAUGUUGGUCCACUGCUUCACGGACAGGCCGACUAUCCCGCUGGGCAGAUGUUUUGCUCAGAUGAACAUUGCUCUCUUUUUAGUUGUGGUAGAGUGCCUUUUGUUAGCUUUCAUGGCUUAUGACCGUUUUGUGGCAAUAUGCUACCCUCUGCACUACAACCUGAUUAUGAGUCGCAAUGUAUGCAUCCAGCUGGCUGUGAGCCUGUGGGUCAGUGCCUUCCUUUUGACUGUUGUGCCCUUUUUCAGCAUGCAAAUAACUUUUAGUGGGCGAAAUGUGGUAAAUCAUUUCAAGUGUGAAUUGCAGGCAGUGCUGAAAUUGGCUUGCUCUGACACCCAUGCCAGUGGGCUUAGCGUGCUAAUAACCAGUGUCUUUACACUAGCAUUCCCCUUCCUCUUUAUCUUGGUGACCUAUGGACGUAUUGGACUCGCCGUUUUGCGAAUCCGCUCAGCACAAGGUCGGAGCAAAGCCGUGUCCACCUGUGGCUCUCAUCUCACUGUAGUGAGCAUUUAUUACGGCACUAUCUUGGCCAUGUACUUGAGACCUCAGGCCAAGACAUUCUCUGACAGGGAAAAAGUAGUGGCAGUCUUUUAUGGAGUUGUGAUCCCCACGUUAAACCCCAUCAUUUAUAGCCUGAGGAACAGGGAUGUGAAGCGAGCACUCUGCAGGCUGGCUGGGAAGAAAAUAGAGGAAUAA